GAGCGCAAUCCAAAAUGUAUUGUCCCGAGAUAUGUUUGUUUGGUUCCUUAUCGACAUUGAUAUUGUUUCCUAAAGAGUUAUAUUGAGUGGAUCUGGAAGUAAAGGUGUUGCUGCAGGAUUAUAAUUUAUGGACGACUUUUGGCGACGCUAGUGACGUAGAGUUUAGUGGCCUUAUAUCUCACUUGGUAUGGUAUACUGACUGUUAGCGAAAUACACAUGCCGCCAACACCUGCACAUUUUUAUUUAUUUAACUCGCUUUAGAGAACAACUAUAAAAUAAGCCUUGUGUGAGGAUGCGUUUUUGAAUACGUAUAUUUCACUCAUUGAUCCAUACAAAAAAGACAGGAUCGAAAUAAAGGAAGCAGGACAAAACGAAGCGAAGCAGUGCGCAGCGAAGUAGACACUCAGACCCCAAUUAAGUUCGACACUUAAUGAGUAGGAUAAGCGGCGAGACUCUAAUUUGGGGACGACCUUUGAACGAAUUUUAAAUGACCUUGAUAAUUAUUAGCCAAUCAAAAGACAGUAUGAAGUAAAAAUAUAUUAUAAGAAAGUAAUGAAUUACAGUGGAUAUUCUUCUUUUAUGUGAUUUAAAAGCCUGUUAAGGUUAGAUAAAGGUUCAGAGGUUCUGAAUUCAUAAUGCAUACGUUCACUAACCUAGACCACAUUAGGAGAGAAAAAGGUCGCCACCACAGAAACUAACCGUUACGUACAUCUAGAGGUAUGAUUCAGAAUCAACCUUAUUGUUGCAGUUGUAAUUUUUCUCGUUAAGUUUCGAGUUGGGUGUCAUCCAGUACUUUUAGUUUCUUUUUCUCGUUCCCUCAUCCUUAGCUUUCCGAUGCAAUUAAUUUCAUUAUUUUCAUUGUCUGAUCUAUCUUGUUAAUUUUCACUGUCACCAUCUCAAUGUAAAGUAUCGCAUUUAUUUAUUUAUAUAAACAUAAAUAUUAGUGCAAAGGGGCACCAAAUACAUAUGCACCACACAAAUCUCAUUCGAUAUGUGUGAGGGCUGUGAUACUGUCCGGGUGCCCAAACCGAAAUAGGUGGUUUUCUUACGGGGCCACACCCGGAGCCUUCGAUCUAAAGGUCUGAUCCACAAGACAGUGGAGCAACGUUAGGAGAUGCAGUUCCAUGGCAUCCGGUGGCCAACAAUUGGUUCAUCCGCCAUUUGUUCCUUCAGGACCCUGGAGCCCAUGUGCACCAUUGGUUUGAAAUCAGGGUUUUCCAAGUCCUCUAGGUGGACACUACAUGUCCACCAACCAGGUUGGAGAGCCGGACAUUCGCUUUUCGUCCUCUCACUUUCGUAAGCAACACCCCCUCCACGAGAAGGUAAUGAGUAGGAUUCCCCUGCCAGAGGCUAUAUACGCGUGACCAUGUGAGAGCACUUUGAGAGGGAGAGAGGACUCUCCACACCCUUGGCUGUACUAGGGCAUUUGGGAGUGAUAAGGAGAAAGAUCGAACAUUGGCGACUUAGUCCAAAAAGACAAGGAAUAGGUUUAUAUAAAAGAAUACUGGUACUAACUACCUGGAUCAAAAUGAAAGUGAUUAAAUGCGCAUCACUGUUACCAAUUCUGAACCAUUCCUCCCAACGUCUCUAACGAAUAAUCUUUUAAGCAUUCAUUAAAAUCGUAAAGUAUAUAGUACUGAGAUCAAACUUAACGUUUUGUUUUUGGAAUGUAAAUACAUUUACUUCUAUAGCAAGUAGUUUUAUAAUGUAUUUUACGUUGCUAAAUUUUUCGCAAGUUUAUGCAAUUAUCAUCGAUGAGAUCAAAAACAAUCCUAUAAUCAAUUGUUUAAAUGAUAAACUGUCAUAACUGUAUGGCUUGUGGAUAGUUAUAAUUGAUAUCAAACUUCAAACUUUUAACUAAGAGACUUCGUUUGAAGAUUUACAUUGUUAUUAUAUCGUCUAGUUUUGGUUUUGCUAUGAAUGCAUUAGUAGUUUGUAGCUAGUAUUUUUCAGCUCCAAAUGAUUCUAAAAUGUUAAUAAUGAAAUUCUCCAAUUUAGAGGGGACUAAAAGUUGGCUACUAAUUGUAUACCAACACAUGGCACGAACUUGUUUGGAUAAUUCCCAGUCCACGUGUAUCUGGUUUCCAAAAACUAAUAUAUCAACAAUAGUCUAGGUGGCUGGUGACAGAUCCUUACUACAACAAGCUUCUCAUUAAAGACUUAUGGUGCUACUUAUAGUACCCGCCUACAAUUUAUGAAGUAUUGGAUUGGAUUUCAACUGUUGCUUUUCCGAUCUCGGGGACCAAACGGUGUCAAGGUGUUUGCAGAAAAAAUGUCUGGAAAUCCAUUUGUUCACGAAUAUCCACAAAUUCAGAUCAAUUCUGUGAAUAAUCUCACUACAACUAUUCAGAAUACGUUACAAAUGACAGUUUCAACACUACUGAAUCAAAUUUUAGAAAAUUCAAAUAUUAGAAACAUUAAUUCUGCGACAGUUUAUAUAAAAAAUAUUAAAACUGUUCAACAGAAGUUAGAAAUAUUGACUACUAGUGAGAAAGACAAAUUAGAAAUUAUUACAGAUUUUGAUCGUACACUAUCAAAAUAUUGUCAUGAUGGUGAACUUGUUCCGACUUCUUAUGGUAUUUUUGAAUCAGAUCCUGAAUUAACGGAAACAGCGAAAUCCAUGCUUAUAAGUCUACGGAACAAAUACUAUCCUAUUGAAUUGGAUAAUAAUCUUACAGAAAAUGAAAAAACCCCGUAUAUGUUAGAAUGGUGGGAAUUAGCUCAUGAAGUAAUUAUUGAAUGUGGAAUACAAAAACACACAUUAGAAAGAACUGUUAAGGAAUGCCAUUUAGUGUUACGUGAUAAAGUGAGUGAAUUUUUCCAAUUAUUAUCGGAUCAUCAUAUACCAGUAUUGGUUUUCUCAGCUGGACUUGGGGAUGUAAUUGAUUUAUGCCUUCAUCAUGCAAAUGUUUUUCAUGAUAAUAUGCGUGUUGUUUCAAAUUUUAUGCAGUUCAAUGAUGAUGGUAAAUUAACUGGAUUCAGUUCACCAAUUAUUCAUGUAUUUAAUAAAACAGCUGGUUCUAUUACAAAUAAUCGUAUACCUAAGCGUCCUAAUGUUUUAUUACUUGGCGAUUCUACUGGUGAUGUGCACAUGGCUGAUGGUGCUACUAUUGAUGAUCCAACAGGUCAACUUGGAACAGUAUUACGUAUUGGCUUUUUAAACGAAUCAGUACAAGAGAAUCUGGAAAAAUAUCAAUCUCUAUAUGAUAUUGUCUUGGUAAAUGAUGAUAGUUUUGAAAUUCCUUACAAAAUUAUCCAAAGUAUUCUUUUACAUAAUAAAUAACAAUAAGCCAAAGAUACAUAUAUACAUACAUACAUACACAUGAUUAUUUGUAUCCCUACUAUAAUUUUUUUUAAUGGAAUCCAUCUCACUUCAUCAGAGGAACACAUUAUUUUGUAAUUUAGUCAAAAUAUUGAAGAAAAUGAUGUUUUUUUCUCAUUAUUUAAUUAUUUUCUAUAGAAUUAUUGUUUAAUUAUCCUUAAAUUGUAUAUCCCUUUUUCCUAAUUUCAAUUUUCCCCUUCAAUACAUACAUAGAUACACACACAUACCAAUAGAUAGACAGACAGACAGGUUGUGGUACAUGUAUUCAAUCGUGAUCUUCAAAAUUGUCAAUCAAUAUUUGAUUACAAUUAAGAGUUAUAAUCACUAUUGUUUUCUUUCUCUAUUUUCUGUUUUUCAUUCUUGUUAACAGUUCUAAUUUGUUUAUAGUUCACUCCGUCCACCCUUACCUCCUUUACCACCCGUUUUUUUUCCGUACUCCUUACUUCAUAAAACCAAGAGAGAGAGAGAGAAAAUUCACUAUGUUGCAACUUUUGAACAAAGAAUAUUCUACGUAACAAUUUUAAAAGGAACGAUGAAAAUUAGUUUUCUUUCGUUUGUUUCUAUAGUGAUAAACAUAUUUUUCUUAAAAGAAUGGCAGUACCCAAUUUCACUCUUUCUUUUCUAUUAUUUAUUGAUUUUUAUUCAGUGAUAUUUCAUCUUUUUACUUUUCGUAUUAAAUUGAGCAUGUUUACCCUAACUGUGUUUGAUUCUCUUCUUCUUUUUUUUAAUGUGAAAAGAAAUGACUGAAACCACCAAUUGAAAUAUAUAUUCAUAUUUAAUUAA